UGUAUCGCGAUAACUGCUAAUGAUGGCGUUUCCGAAAAUAUUCUUAUCUUAAAAGGAUGGCACAAGUAGAAGAAUAAAACCAAUAAAGAACGUGAUUGGACACAAGAAAUAAACAAACCUUUUUCUGCUUCUUCCUGGUGUUUCGAAGCAAGUGAUGGCAGGAGGAGCGAGUUCGUUGGACGGCAAAUUACUGGUGGUCGCCAUAGACUUUGGAACAGCAUACAGUGGAUAUGCUUUUUCCUUUCGGAAUGAUUAUCGACUGGAUCCGCUUAAAAUUGAGAUUAAUCACUGGACUGGGGAGGGUGCACAAACAAUGUCAUCGAAAGCUCCGUCUUCUGUUCUUUUGAAUCCCGACAAAACUUUCCAUUCCUUUGGUUAUCAAGCAGAAGAGGAGUAUGCCAGUCUUGUAGAAAAUGGAAAGUAUCAGGACUGGUUCUUCUUCACAAAGAUCAAAAUGAGACUACUUUACAAAGAGAAAAUAUCUCGAACGGACACCAUUGAAGACGAAUGUGGAAAAACUAUGCCUGGAUUGACCAUUCUCAGCUUUAUAAUUGGGCAUCUUAAAGCAGAUCUUUACAAGAAAUUAAGCCUCAGGGGAUUGCUUGUGCGAGAUGAAGACAUCAUAUGGGUGUUAACAGUUCCUGCCAUUUGGUCGGAUGCCGCUAAACAACUUACCAGAGAAGCCACAGAACAAGCCGGGAUAAAGUCAGGCGAUAUGACGUUUGUUUAUGAACCAGAGGCUGCAGCUCUCUAUUGUAGAUUACAGAAAUUGCAUGCUAUAAAUGAUGCUACAAGCAAAUCAGAUGGUAAAGGAGAUACAGCCCUAGAGAGAGGAAGGAAAGUUUUAGUGUUUGAUAUGGGAGGGGGCACUACAGACAUCAGCGUCAUCGAUAUAAAAAGUGAGAAGGAGAUUCAUAUUGUAGAACGAGCUAGCGGAGGACCUUUCGGUGGAACGCACAUCAAUGAAAAAUUCUGUCAGUGGUUGGACGAAGUAUUUGGAGCAGAGAACAUGAAUAAAUUUAAAACAGAACAUAGAGCGGAUUACAUGCAAUUUAUCAGAGAUUUCGAGCAAAAGAAACGUCCAAUUGACCCCAAAGAGGACAAAUCUCUAUUUUUACAGAUUCCAACAGCCCUAAAACAAUUGGCAGAAAACACAUGGAAAUGCAAAUUAGAAGAUCAUUUCAGCAAACCAGAGAGUCAGUAUCCCUGUGUUCAAGUUAAAAAACGAGGGAAACUUUUCUUCCCGUCCUCAUUUUUAGUGGAACAUUUCAUUUUGCCGAUUUCCAAAAUCGUAUUGGAAGAUAUGGAGCGAAUUCUUAAAAAACAUGGGGAUAUCAGCAGUGUGUUGGCUGUAGGAGGUUUGGCUCAAUCUGCUGCUAUGACGACAGAAAUACGAAAAUAUGCUAAAGAUAUACCUGUAUUUGUUCCGUUUGAUUCAUCCGUAGCCGUUCUCAACGGGGCAGUGCUUUAUGGACAUGAUAACAACGUAAUCAAAGCUAGGGUUUGUAAACACUCUUAUGGUAUCCAAACAAUGAGACCCUUUGAAAAGGGAGAUGAUGAAAAGAAGAAAGUUAAACAGGAAGGAAAGGUGUGGUGUAAACAUUGUUUUAGAGCGCUUUAUCAUGCAGGUGAUAUGAUAAAACUAGGCGAUGUUAAUUCAUACGAAUUGGAAGAAUAUUUCAACGAAGAAGGCAGAAAAAAUAAGCAAUUCCAACCAAUUCGAUGCAUUUUAUUCAGAUCCGAGUCCGAAAACCCAAGAUAUGUCACUGAUAAAGGGUGUGAGGAAGGUGGAAUAAUAGAAAUUGAAGUGCCUGAGAACGGGUUUCCGGUUCAUUAUGAAUGUACUGUUGAACUGGAGUUUGCCGGAACAGAAAUAAUUGCCCGUUUGAAAGAUGACCAAGGAAUUAAGACAAUUCGAGUUAACUUCUUAAACUGAUUUCAUAUUUUCAUUUGUUUUCGAGGAUAUCUAGAAAUAUCAAGUACUCAACUGAAACUCCAGUAUAGAAAAUGUGUAAUAUAAAGUAUUGAGGGAAGGACAAUCUUUCUGAAAUGGGAACUGAAUUUUGACAUAUCAUCUCAUGCUUGGUCUUCUUCUUUCCUCUAUGGAGUAUAGCAGAACAUUCAUUGUAAAGUAAUAGAUAUAGCAAUAUGAAGAUAGAAAUCGACAUUAACGAUAAACCCACGACUCGAAUGAAAGGUGAAGAUAACGAACAGCGAUGAAUCUCAUGACUCCUACAAGCAAUACAAAAUAGAUAGUUGGGCAAACCCGGACCCCUGGACACACCAAAGGUGGGAUCAGGUGUCUAGGAGGAGUAAGCAUCCCCUGUCGACCGGUCACACCCGCCGUGAGCCCUAUAUCCUGAUCAAGUAAACGGAGUUAUCCGUUAUCAAAAUCAGUGUGCCAAGAACGGCCUAACAAUCGGCAUGAAACACGUCAGACAGUAUAUGACCCAAUGGUAGGUUGUAUUGCCGAACUAGAUCGUUAUAAUGACCAUAAAACUUUGAUGGGGCACUGCUAUUAUUUCAAUUGAUGAAUGUUGUCGUGUAUUUCCUUUAUUACGACAUUUAUGAAGUAAUGUCAGUUAUCACAGAAAUAGAUCCUUACUGAAGACAAAUAUUUCUAUACAGUGUUAAUAUAUCGUGUAGUGUUAAAAUAGCGUACACAGUGUUAAAAUAGCAUAUAAAGUGUUAAAAUAGCGUAUACAAUGUUAGAAUAGCAUAUACAGUAUUAAAAUAACAUAUACAGUGUUAAAAUAGCAUAUACAAAUGUACAGUGUUAAAAUAGCGUAUACAGUGUCAAAAUAGCAUAUACAAUAUUAAAAUACCGUAGAGUGUUAAAAUGGCGUACAUAGUGUUGAAAUAGCGUAUACAGUGUUGAAAUAUCAUAUACAGGGUUGAAAUAGCGUAUAUAGCGUUUAGUAUUUUCCCAUUUAGAAUGAUUGAUUGACCUUAUAUUCUUUAACGUCCCUCUAGAGAAUCUUUCACUCAUAUGGAAACAUCACCAUUGCCGGUGAAGGGCUGUAAAAUUUAGACCUGUACUCGGCGCUUACGUUUUUAUAGCAGGGAGGGAUCUUCAUCGUACCACACCCGUUGUAACACGGGACCUCGAUUUUGUGGUCUCAUUCGAAGGACCGCCCCAUUUAGUCGCCUCCUACGACAAGCAAGGGGUACUGAGGACCUAUUCUAACCCGGAUCCCCAACACAUUGAUUAGAAUGAAGCCAUGAUGGUCAAGGAAUGCAGACUGUUCUCAGUUUCGUCUUUAAGUAUAGGCAAAUGGUUUAAUUUGUGGUUCCCUUUUCUCGGACCUCUACAUUGCGAACGUGAUAUUGCUAUUUUCAGUACUCUGUUGAUUAAAUUGUGUACAUGUAUUUGUGACUAUGCCGUAAAAAAGUGGAAGAUGGAGCAUGGAAAAAUACCUUACCUUAAGGAGCAUCAAUUGUAACUUCCAAUUUUCAAUAAAAUUUAAUAAUCAUAUUAAAUUUUGAAAACAAA